UUGGUGUAAAGUAGAUAAAAUUUCUGUUCGAUUAAGUCAUAAUGAUUAUGCAAUGUCUUCGUAUAAAUAGAAGAGAGAACUCGUAGGAUUCAGUAUAUUUAUUUUGGAUUUCUGGAUAAAUGUGAUGAAUUCAGAACAAAAGUGUAAAAUAUUAUCGAGAAGUUUCUUAUUAAUUAUUUAUAAUUAUUAAUUGUUAUUAAUUGAUAUCUUUUUGUUAAAUAAAAGUCGCCAUUUUGACGAUAUAAAGAAAUAUUUUUGUGAAAUAUUCUUAACAAAAAUGUCAUGCAGUGCAAUCUUUAUGAGAAUUGAAAUAUAAAUACUUAAAAAAAUGCUAUUGUACAUUUAAAAAGAAAAAAAAAAAUACAAAAGAAAUAAAUUUACAAUUUUAUAUAUAAUAUAUAUACAGAAUGUAUGAAGAUAAAGAAAUAAAUUAUAUAUCUACAGUGCAAAAUGAAAAAUUAGAAAAGUUUAUCGAUUGCACAAUGAACAUUAUCUUUAAAACUGCCUUGAUUGAAGAGAACAACAAAGACGUGUCUGCUGCGGCGAUGCCGCAAACGGAAUCCGUUGUACCAAUGAUGUUCGACAACUUCGUGUUGAAACGGUGGCUUCGUUCCAUCGGACCAGUUCGUCGUUUUGAAGUGCUAAAAAAGCUGAAAACAGAUUUGGAAAAUCUAGGCUUAUCACGUAAACAGGUACACCGGGGGUUGAUGCAAUUAGCGACGAAACCACAUGUGGUCCUUACACGCCAACCACUCUACAGGAAAUGUGGAUUAAAAAAUUUAGAAAAUGAGAAAGAAAAUAAAAUUGUUGACAAUUAUAGAAUGAUCGAUGUACAAAAAUUAAACAAUAUUGAAUGGAUUGUUGAACAAGGGGAUAAACAUAUCAAAAAAACGAAUAGCGUAAAAGCAUAUGAAGAUUCAUUAAUAAAAAAUAAUCGAGAAUUAUUCAUAGAAGGUUGUAAGGUAGAAAUUCCUCUAACAUUCCAUUCCUUUGAUAAGGCUUUAGAACAAUUUGACAAGCUUGUAUCUUCAAAAAUGAACAUGCACGAAAAGUUGUCUAAUAGACGAGCUUCCGUUAUUGUAUCGACGGAUUCUGUAAUUAAGUCACAAAAAAACACAUUUUCGAGUAAAAAAUCUAAUAAAAAUGAAAAUCAUCUUACAUAUAUUGAAGAUAAAAAUUCUCGAAUACAAAAAAUUUCUAAUUUAAUAUCUGAUAAAAUAGAUAGAAUACCUGCUACUAAAAAAAUUGAUAUAAAAUUAAACUUAAAACCUUCUUCUGAUAAAAAAGAAAAUAAUUGUAUAAAAUCAGAGUCUUAUAAAGUAUUAAACACUUAUUAUAUAAAAUCGCAUAUUAAUAAAAAAUUAUGUAAUGAAAAGAAGAAUAUGGAUGUUAAAGUAAAUAAUACAUCAAGCAAAAAUAAAUAUUCAAAAAAAGAAACGAUAGAUUAUAAGAUCGAAGAAAAUGUAAAAAAAAGAACGGUUUAUGAACCGGUAACUUCAGAUUCUACACAACGAAAAAAGAUUCGUACAUCAAUUGAUGAACAUAAAGAAAUCAAUAGAAAAAAAAGAAAAAAAUUAAAAAAUAAGUUUCGAGCAUAUUUCGGAGAAUGUAUAACUAUUAGUGAAGAUGAACAGGAACAAACUAUUUUACAAAACAGAUUUAAAAGAAGAAGAAAAAAAGAUUCUGUUGAUUCUAGUGAUUCUGGUGUGUAUAUUGCUGAUAAAAGUACGCCUCUACAAAUUAUAAAAGAUAUUCAGAAAACUAUAUCUAAUUCACUAAUUUCUAAAAAAUUUAACGAAAAUUUAUCUGAAGAAAUUAUUAUAAAUGCCAAUAUAGAUUAUGAAUCAAAAGUCAUUGACAAUGAAAAUACGAAAACUAUUGAUUUAAUUGAAAAUAAAAAAGUAUCAAAAAUCAAACAGGAUAUAUAUGGAAAAAUCAUUGCAAAGGCUAAUAAUGAAUCAAAAGAAAUUAUUGACAAAGAAAAUACUAAUUCAAUCGAAAAUAGAAAAAUAUUAAAGCUCAAACAAGAUAUAUCUGGAAAAAUCAUUGCAAAUGUCAAUAUAGAUGAUGAAUUAAAAAAAGUUAUUAAUAAUGAAAGUAUUAAAAUUAUUGAUUCAAUUGAAGAUAAAAAAGAAUUGAAAAUCAGGCAAAUCAUAUCUGCAGAAACUACUGCAAAUGUCAAUACAGAUAAUGAAUCAAAAGAAAUUAUUGAUAAUGAAAGUAUCAAAACUAUUGAUUUAGUUGAAAGUAAAAAAGGAUUGAAAUCUGGACAAGAUGUAUUUGAAGAAACUAUUAGAAAUGUCAAUAGAAAUAACAAAUCAAAAGAAAUUAUUGAUAAUAAAAUUGAAAAUAAAAGUACUAAAACUAUUGAUUCAGUAUUGAAAAUCAAGCAAGAUUUAUCUGAAUCAAUACAUCUUGCCAUUGCAAAUGUCAAUAUAAAUAAUGAAUUAAAAGAAGUUUCUGGCAAUGAAACUAUUGAUUCAAUUGAAAGUCUAAUAAAUAUGGAAAUUGAAAACAAUGAAUUACAAAUUAUUCAAACAAAGAAAAACAAUAUAUCUCAAGAAAAAUUAAUUAAUAUUGAUAGGGACAAUAUUAUAACAAAUAAACAUAGACUAAGUGUUAUACAAAGCAAAGAUACUUCAAACAUAGAUAUACCUCAAAUAACUAAAGAAAUAGAAGAUAGUACUUCUUUAAAAAAAGUAGAAAUAAAAACUAGUAAUACAACAUUAUCUUCUGAUAUUUUUUGUUCCACAAAUGAUACAAUAAAUAUAACUGAAGAUUUUUCAGAACUUCAAAAUUGUAAUUUAGAUAUAAAAGAUUUUAAUGAUCUUCUUUAUAUGGAUAUUACUGAAACUUGUCAAAUCACAUCAAAUGGAAAUGUUCUUAGCAUUCAAGAAACCAUUGAAGAAGUUAUGAAUAAAAAUAUUGAUGAAAAUUCAAAUUUAAAUAAUUUAUCCAAAACACAAAUAGAUUAUAAUCAAGAUGUUAAAAAAACAAUAUCAAAUUGUACUGAAGGAAAUAACAAUAAAGAUUUAAAUAAAAUGCAAUCUUCUAAUACAAAUGAUAAAAUUAUUUCUAUAAAUAAUAUAUGUAAUGUACCAAAAAAGGAAAAUGAAUUACCAGUAGCAGAAUUCAAAUUAAAUAUUUUAGAAAAAAAAAACAUUCAAUCCAAUAAUCUAUCUCAGGGUAGAUUAAGAGUUUUAUCAAGUGCAGAAUUAGGUUCUAGAUGGUGUCCUACACCUAUAAACACUGUUAUGUCUACUGUUUCUCAAUUUUCACAUUCUACUCCUCAUUUCACAAAUGCAACAACUUAUGAUAAAGUUAAUUUGGAUAAUACUAUUGUUGUUUCAACAUCAAUGGCUCAAAUAGUACCUACAACAAUAUCUUUAAUUACUACAUUUGCACCUACAGCAAUUAAUGAAACAACAAUUUCUGAAAAUAUGAGAAAAAAUAAUAUAGAUCACAAAUUUUCAAAAUCUGUUUACUUUAUUUUCGUGAACAUACGUGAUUUAAUUCAAAAAAGACGAAUGUGUUUAAAUACUAAUUUGAAUAUUAAUUAUGAUAAGUUAUUAUUUAUAGAAUUUGAAAAGCUAAGAAAAAUAUUGAAUAUAGAAGAUUAUAUCGAUUUAAUUGAUGGAGUUCUAAUUAUACUUAACAAAGAAAUGUUAGUAAUGCCAUUAUUGUCUUUAGGAGAAUUGUUUCAUUAUACACCACUAAUUGAAUCUCUUUAUAUUCGUUCAUCAAAUAAACGUAAAACUGUAGUAAAUAAUUCUAGUGAAUGUCAAAUUAUAACACCUAUAAUUGUUUCAAAUCAAAUAACAUCAAAUCAAAAUAGAUAUUCUAAUUCACAAGUAUCACAGAAUGUAUGUGUUACAUCUAUGCAUUCUACAUUACAACAUGUACUUCCUGUUAAUCAAAAUCAAACAUCUACAAAUGUUACUUUAAAACAAUCUUAUCAGAAUUCUCAAGGAAAAAUCACUUUGCAAUCACAAAACAAUUCAUUUCAAAAUAAUAUGCCAAUAAAUUCUACUGCUAUUAAUAAUCAUAAUAUACAUCAACAUAAUUAUAACAUGCAAAUGCACAAAAUUGUUAGUCAACAAAAAGUUCCAAAUUCUUAUUUUGUUCAACAGAAACCAACUACAAAUAUAUAUACCAUGCAAAAUCUUCCUGUACAACAUUCCUCAUUUCCUUCUAAUAUUAAUCAACUGGGAGACCGACAAAUUUCUCUAUCCAAUUCACAAUUCAUAAAUCAUAAACCAUAUGUUCCACAAAAUGUUUUUACAUCACAAAAAAAUACAUUUUAUAAUGUAAAUGUACCAAAUUAUCCUAUACAACAAAAUAUAAAUUCAACACAUGUACAAAAUAUAGUUAUGUCCCCUGUAACUCAAUAUCAAAAUCCAACACAUCAACAAAAUGUUUAUAAUAUAUCACAAGAUAUUCAGCUACAAACUAUUCCACGACAUAUAUCAUCAAAUUAUAAUAUACGACAAUCUGUACAGCCUAUAUUUGCAAUGAACGUAUCAUAUAAUGAACUUAAACACCGAAAAAUACCACAGAAAAUAUCAAUGGAAACUUUACAAAAUCAUAUAUCUGAACAAGUAUCAUCAUCUCAGAAACAGCACAAGAAAACGAAAUCUAUUUCAAAGAAGAAAGAUCUGCAAAUUUCAUUAGAAUCAACAAUAAAAUUAUUCAAUGUAUUAAAAUAUAUUUCUGAUAUUCAAAAAAUUAUAUUAUUAAAACAAAUAGAUUUUUACUUUAGUUGUACUACAUGGUUACAACAACAAUUUACAUCAGGACAAUGGCAAAAAAUUAAUUCACAAAGAUCUUUAUUACUUAAUUUUCAAACACUUUUAAAACAUCUGAUAGAAAAAACUGUAAAAGAUUUUCUACCAGAUAAAUCUCAAGGAAAUAUGUUUGAAACAAAUAUACUCAAAAAUAUUAAAAUUGAUGUUCCAAAAAUGGUACAAAUUGUAGUAAACGAAAAUGAAGGAAUGUAUUGUCAGGUUGAAGUAUCUAAAGCUUAUCAAGAACAAAAUAAAAUAAUGAAUAUUAAACAAAAUUGUGUAACACAUCAAGAAAAUUUAACACAAAACCAAUAUGAAAAAGAACAUGAAGCAACUAACAAUAUUUCACAAAGUAAGGAAGUUUCAAAUGAAAAACAAAAAUUGGAAAUAUCACAUAAAGAAGUACAAAACAAAACAUUUGGAAAUAGAAUUCUGAUACAGAAAGACAAUUCUCCAAUUAAGUCAAGUUUACAAAUAUGUGAAACAUCAGAAAUUAUUAUUCAUCAGGAGAAUAAAAUCGAAGAAGAACCAAAUAAUUCCAAAGAUACAUAUAAUUUAAAUAUUAAGGAACAAAAUUUAGGAGUACCAGCAAAAAUAAUCGAAAAUAUUUCUCAAAUAAUUGAAGAAAAAACAUCAGUAUUAUCAAAUAUGAAACUACCUAACAAUGAUAUUCUGCAAUUAAAUCAACAUUUAGUUACUGUUGAAAUAUCUUCUAAUAAUGAUCAAGUAACUGUUAUUGAUACUAAUGCUACUAAUGAAACUAAAUCAAAGAAUGAAGAAUCUACAGAAUAUGAAGAACUUCAAAAAAAACUUCAAAAAGAACUUCAUAUUUCAUCAUCAUCUUUAGAAAAUACAAGUUACAAUAUAUUAGCAAUAUCUUCACCAAAAAUUGCAAAUAAUGUGAAAGAUUUUGAUAAUGAAGAUUUGGAUAAUUCUUCAUUGGAAGAAACUAUUACAUCUCACAUUGAAGACAUUAGAAGUAUUUCAUUAGAAACAUUUGAAAAGAUGGAAGAAACUAAUAAUAUUAUAACUACAAUAGAUGGAAAUAUUGAAGAGGAAGAAAUUAAAAUAUGUUUAUUUUGUGGAAAACCUAGUACUGUAGCAUGUUCCAUUUGUUUAGAAGCUAAGUAUUGUUCUAAAGAAUGUUUCGAACGACAUUGGGAAGAUCAUUAUAAAGACUGUACACCUGUAAAAAAAAGAGUAUAUAAUUGAAAUUUAGAAUAAUUAUUCUUUUUUGUUAUUUUAUUCAUCUUUUAUAAUAAAAAGUAUUCAAACUAUAACAAUAACUUUGUUAUAUUAAACAAAAUAUAUUGUUAAUGUUUUAUAUUAGACAAUAAAUAUAUUAAUAUACUUCA